UUUCUAUUAAAACCCUUUUUGUUGUUUUAAUUUGUUAUUAAUUUUGGGUUAGUGCAGAGAAUCUCUGGUCGUUUCAUCUUAAAACGUGGCAUUAAAGAGCUCCCUGAGUCAUUACUGAGUCUCGAAUAUCGAGCUCCCUGAAACUGCAGAGGCGGAAUAUAGAAAGAAAUACUAAGAAAUAUAACCCUUUAGUUGUUAGUUCUCUCCCUUAACCACCAAUGAUAUUCUGAUUUCCGGGUGCAUUAAAUUUUUGUUUCUCUGUACGAAGACUUCUUGGUUUUCUAAGAAUUUCGAGAAAAAAAAACAAUGCUGACGUGCAUAGCUCGUUCGAAGCAACCCGGUGAUGAUUCAGUGAGUCAACCAGAAGAAAUGGACUCUUCUACCACUCCCAGCGUUAAGCACAACCAAGCCAUUAAAUCCCUCACUUCUCAGUUGAAGGACAUGGCGCUGAAGGCGUCGGGUGCGUACAAGCACUGUAACCCCUGCACAGCGCAGAGUCGGUUGAGGAACUCGGGCGAGUUCGACGCGGACUCAGACAGGAUCAGAUGGUCGUAUCGUAGGACGGGGAGUUCGAGCUCGGCGACACCGAGGACGUGGGGGAAGGAAAUGGAAGCGAGGUUGAAAGGGAUAUCGAGUUCGAGCGGAGAAGCGACUCCGAAAUCGUUGAGUGGGCGCCGAGUCGACACGGUCGUAUUCGCCGAAGAAAAUGAGCCUAAAGAGUGGGUGGCUCAUGUGGAGCCCGGCGUACUUAUCACCUUUGUUUCACUUCCUCGCGGCGGUAACGAUCUCAAGAGGAUACGGUUCAGUCGGGAAAUGUUUAACAAAUGGCAAGCGCAAAGAUGGUGGGCAGAGAAUUAUGAUAGGGUCAUGGAACUUUACAAUGUUCAGAGGUUUAACCGCCAGGCAUUCCCACUACCAACACCCCCUAGAUCAGAAGAUGAGAGUUCAAAAAUGGAAUCAGCAGAAGAAAGUCCUGUAACACCACCAUUGACUAAAGAACGUUUACCUCGUAAUUUACAUCACCCGACUGGGAUGGGAAUGGCUUAUUCAUCAUCAGAUUCACUUGAUCAGCACCCAAUGCAGUCUCGGCAUUAUUGCGACUCUGGUCUUACCUCGACCCCAAAACUUUCCAGUAUUAGUGGUGCCAAGACAGAGAUAUCAUCCAUGGAUGCCUCUAUGAGGAGUAGUUCAUCAAGAGAGGCCGAUCGCUCUAGAGAGCUAUCCAUUAGCAAUGCCAGUGAUCUUGAAACUGAGUGGGUUGAAAUGGAUGAACCAGGGGUUUACAUUACUAUCAGAGCCUUGCCAGGGGGCAAAAGAGAGCUUAGGCGAGUUAGAUUCAGCCGGGAAAGGUUUGGAGAGAUGCAUGCCAGACUGUGGUGGGAAGAGAACCGAGCCAGGAUACACAAACAAUACUUGUAACCGAGCAAAACGAAGGAGACUAACGGCUUGCUGGCAUUCUCUUGUGCCAUACUCGUGGAAUCUCUUCUGCAAAGUUGUAAAGCAGGUGUUUCUGCCACCUGUUGCUAAGGUUUUUGUUUUUCCAGCUUCAUAGUAGCUAUUAGAAAUAUGAUGGUGGGAUUUUAUAUUUUACUAGUUUCUUUAAAA